AUGCCAUCUCACUUCGACACUGUUCAAUUGCACGCCGGUCAAGAGGACCCUAACGACAACAACCACAGACCUAGAGCUGUGCCCAUCUACGCUACCACCUCGUACGUUUUCGAGGACUCCAAGCACGGUGCGGACCUGUUCGGUCUUAAGGUGCCCGGCUACGUCUACGGGCGUUUCCAGAACCCUACCCAAGCGGUUCUAGAGGACAGAUUGGCUGCCCUGGAGGGCGGUGCCGCCGCGUUGGCGACCGCUUCUGGUCAGGCUGCGCAAACUCUGGCGAUCCAGGGGCUCGCUCACUGCGGGGACAACAUCGUGUCCACUUCGUUCCUGUACGGUGGUACUUACAACCAAUUCAAAGUCGCCUUCAAGAGAUUCGGUAUCGAAGCCAGAUUUGUCGAAGGUGAUUCCCCAGAGGACUUUGAGAAAGUGUUCGACGAGAGAACCAAAUGUGUAUACUUGGAGAGCAUCGGGAACCCUAAAUACAACGUUCCAGAUUUUGAAAAGAUCGUCGCUGUCGCUCACAAACACGGGAUCCCAGUCAUGGUCGACAACACCUUCGGUGCCGGUGGGUUCUUCUGUCAACCAUUGAAAUAUGGAGCUGACAUCGUCACCCACUCUGCAACGAAAUGGAUCGGGGGUCACGGUACCACCCUUGGUGGUAUCAUCGUCGAUUCUGGGAAAUUCCCAUGGAAGGACUACCCAGAGAAGUUCCCACAGUUCUCGAAGCCAGCAGAGGGGUACCAUGGUACCAUCUACAACGAAGCCUACGGGAACUUGGCAUACAUUGUACACGUCAGAACCGAGCUGCUAAGAGACUUGGGGUCCAUGAUCUCGCCCUUCGCCGCAUUCUUGUUGAUUCAAGGUGUCGAAACUUUGUCCCUAAGAGGUGAAAGACACGGUCAAAACGCUUUGAAGUUGGCCAAAUGGUUAGAAGCCUCCCCCUACGUAUCUUGGGUCUCUUACCCAGGGCUUCCAUCGCACUCCCAUCACGAAAACGCCAAGAAAUACUUGUCCAACGGGUUUGGUGGUAUGCUUUCCUUCGGUGUUAAGGACUUGCCCAACGCGGCAACGGAAACCGACCCAUUCAAGUUGUCUGGUGCACAAGUUGUCGACAACUUGAAGUUGGCCUCCAACUUGGCCAACGUCGGGGACUCUAAAACUUUGGUCAUCGCCCCAUUCUUCACCACUCAUGAGCAAUUGGCCGACGAGGAGAAAUUGGCUUCCGGUGUCACAAAGGAUUUGAUCCGUGUUUCCGUCGGUACCGAAUACAUUGACGACAUUAUCGAGGACUUCAAGCAAGCCUUUGAAAAGACCUUUGCUGGGAAAUUGAUUAAGUAA